CUGCUCUGAAUGUCCAUUUUCUCCGUCACCUUCUAGUGCACAGCGCACCCAUUAGGUCGAUUCGCCACAAUUGGAUCCAAUUGAUUCUAUUGCACAGCGCACCAGUAAGCUAAUUUUCAAAUUAGCUUAUCCAUAAACCACCUAAAGGAUUGAUUCUAGGUUGUUAGGUUGAUUCACAUUGAAUCCAAUUGGUUGCCCUUUCUUUUUAUCUCACUCUCGCAAUAUGUAAAUUGCAAUUUGAAGUGGUUAAGAGAAGACGCUGAGAGUUGAGAGAAGACGCUCACGCCGCUGGUUCGGAGAAGAAUCGCCAAGUAAUGGCCGACAAAGUGAGAAGACAUCUCGCCAAAUAAUCAACCUGUAGGUCAAGUGACAUCUCAACUUGAAAAUCUCAAAGGGACUUUAUUGCACCGUGAAUUGCUGCAGCUUGUUAUUUCUGCAAUGGCCUCCCUUAUGAACAUGGAGAUGGAGGAUGAUGAUUAUGUUGAGUAUAUUCCCGUGUCAAAGCGAAGGGCACUUGAGGCACACAAGAUUCUCCAGCGCAAGGGGAAAUCUUCAGGGUUGGAAGAGGAAACUGAAAAGACGAAACAAGUUGAAGCAAAACCAAGUUUGCUUGUAAAGGCUACUCAACUGAAGAAGGAAAUGCCAGAAGUCAGUGUGACUGAGCAAAUGAUUCAGCAAGAGAAAGAAAUGAUUGAGCAUCUCUCUGAUAGAAAGACUUUGAUGUCAGUGCGUGAACUUGCUAAAGGGAUUACAUAUACAGAUCCUAUGUUCACUGGCUGGAAGCCACCAUUAGACAUCAGAAGGAUGUCAAAAAAAGCCCGUGAGACCAUUCGUAAACAGUGGCAUAUUAUUGUGGAGGGAGAUGACAUCCCUCCACCCAUUAAAAAUUUUAAGGAUAUGAGGUUUCCUGAACCGAUUCUGGACAAGCUUAAAGCUAAGGGCAUUAUUCAACCAACUCCAAUCCAGGUACAAGGACUGCCUGUUAUCUUGUCUGGAAGAGAUAUGAUUGGAAUUGCAUUUACAGGAUCUGGGAAGACGCUGGUUUUUGUUUUACCACUUAUCAUGGCAGCCUUACAGGAGGAGAUGAUGAUGCCUAUUGUUCCGGGAGAAGGGCCUUUUGGAUUAAUCAUUUGCCCUUCAAGAGAGCUAGCUCGACAAACAUAUGAAGUCAUAGAACAGUUUCUAGAGCCUCUAAGGGAGGUUGGGUACCCUGAGGUAAGACCUCUAUUAUGCAUUGGAGGAGUUGACAUGAAGUCCCAGCUAGAUGUAGUAAGGAAAGGAGUUCAUAUUGUGGUUGCCACACCUGGAAGGCUCAAAGACAUGCUUGCUAAAAAGAAAAUGAACCUUGACAAUUGCAGAUACUUAACAUUAGACGAAGCAGACAGAUUAGUAGACCUUGGCUUUGAAGAUGACAUCAGGGAAGUUUUUGAUCAUUUUAAAGCACAAAGGCAAACUCUACUUUUUUCUGCCACAAUGCCCACAAAGAUCCAAAACUUUGCAAGAAGUGCAUUGGUUAAACCCGUAACUGUGAAUGUUGGAAGAGCCGGGGCAGCUAACUUAGAUGUCAUCCAAGAAGUAGAAUAUGUAAAGCAGGAGGCAAAGCUGGUAUACCUUCUUCAUUGUUUGCAGAAAACACCACCUCCGGUUUUAAUCUUUUGUGAGAACAAAGCUGACGUGGAUGACAUACAUGAGUAUCUGCUUUUGAAAGGUGUGGAAGCUGUUUCUAUUCAUGGUGGGAAGGACCAAGAAGAGAGGGAGUAUGCCAUUUCGUCAUUCAAAUCUGGGAAGAAGGAUGUAUUGGUUGCAACUGAUGUGGCGUCCAAAGGGUUGGAUUUUCCUGAUAUCCAGCAUGUGAUAAACUAUGAUAUGCCUGCUGAAAUUGAGAACUAUGUUCAUAGGAUUGGGCGUACAGGCAGGUGUGGCAAAACAGGAAUCGCCACGACAUUCAUCAACAAAACUCAGAGCCCAACAACCCUUCUUGAUCUCAAACACCUGCUGCAAGAAGCUAAGCAAAGGAUUCCUCCAGUUCUUGCUGAACUUGAAACUCCAGGGGAAGUUGAUGAUCCGGACAGGUCUGUAAGUGGGAUCAAAGGCUGUGCCAACUGCGGUGGUCUUGGUCAUCGUAUUCACGAUUGCCCCAAACUUGAACAUCAAAAAAGCCAGCAAAUCGCCAAUCAAAGGAGGGAUUACUUUGGCUCUGGCGGAUAUCGAGGAGAAAUUUGAAUGUUUUUUCUUCUUUUUUAUUUGUUCUUGUAUUUUAAUUACGGAGUACAAUUUUUAUGCUAAUCUACCUGCAAAAUAACUGGUUCUCAGUUUC